GGUGCUAUGAGGUCAGGCAGGGUGGUAGCAGUGUGGACUACUUAGUGUAUGGAGCCUGGAUUUGUGAAGACUCUGCCUGGCCCAAAGUCUUGCUGUCACUCCAGCACCUGUGCUGAUGUGCAAUGGACAACUUCCAGUAUAGUGUCCAGCUCAGUGAUCGAGAGUGGGCCGAGUUCUCAGCCACUGCUGAUGAGUGUGGCCUCUUGCAGGCUGGCCUGGCCUCUGGUGACGAGCUCUUGUCCAGUGACAUUGACCAAGGGGACAGCAGUGGAAGCAGCCCCCCUGGGCCCCCACCCCUCUUCACUGGGCAGCUGGCUCCCCAGGGGAGGAGACAACAGGGCUCUGAGUUGGAGGACGUGGCUGCUCAGCAGUUGGUCAGCAGGUCUCAGUGUGAGCCUGUCCUGGCUCUGGAGACCAGUCAUCAGGUAGCCAGCACGUCCACACAGUCAGAAGCUCUACUGUUCCUCAGCCCAGACAGCGUCUGUCCUGGCCAAGCCUUGUCCUUCCAAGGGUCAGCAACUUUCAGGGACAAGAUGCAGAGGCUUUUGCAGGGCCCUGCUCCCAGCUCUCCUGGUGAGCCCUCUCAUAGUCCUGAGUCCCCUGGCCACAAUGCCAUCCCUCAGAGUCCUCCUGACAACCUUGAAGCUCCACUGCGGAACCCUGGUCGUAAGAAGAGGCGUGCUAUGGCCGCCAAGGGAGCCAAGUGCUCUGGAUCUCUGGGCUCUGCUGCUGUCCAGAUGAGCUCCCCACAGCUUAUGGAGACCAGGCCCAAGGAGGUUCUUAUGUCUGGGACAUUAAUGGCAAAAGCCCAGCAGGGUAAGCCACAGUCAGACUCUGCAGGUGCUUCUGAACAUGGCUCUAGUAUCCCUGAACAGAUGGCCAAACAAGAGUCAGACUUGGAUCUGUCUACACCUGUUCUAACAACUAAACAAGAUACAGACCAGAUCAGAAAGACACCCAGAGCUGUGCUACACAUGAUAUCCAAACCUGUCCAGGAAGCUCAUCCAGAUGUCUCCACAGCCACACUAAAUGUGUCUCUCUCUACACAUGCCUCCAAGUCUCAACCUUACACGGCUUUGUCUAAACCUGCCUCCAAGCCUCAGUCUGAAAAAGCUUUAUCUACACAUGUCUCCACAUCUGACAUGACUUUUUCCACACUUGCCUUCAAAUGUCAACCCAAUACAAAUCAGUCUACACUUGCCUCUGAUCCUGACAUGGCUUUGUCUAUACCUGCCUCCAUGUCUCAACUGGACAAAGUUGAGUUUGCACCUGCUUGCAUACCUGGACUGCAUGAGGACCUAUCUGCAGUAGGCUCCGAGAUCAAGUCAGAAGUUUAUCCCUCUAUGCCUGCCCCAGUGGUUAUGCUUUGUACAGAUCCGCCUCAUUCUGUUUCAAAGACUGAGUCUGAAGAGAGUAUGUCUAUACCUGCUAUGCCUCCCUUGUCCCCUAUUUCCCAGGCUGAAGCUGCCAUGGUGAAUACAGAUGUGACUGUGCCUCCUGGGGGAUACUUUGAGAAGCCAUUAGGGCAGCUCUCAGCAGGGUCUUCAGGAUAUUCCUUAGGGGAGCCUUGUCCAGGUCCUGUUCAAGCCCCCAAGAAGAAGAAAGUACGAUUCUCCAUGGCUGUACCCAGUCAUGAAGAAUCAGGAUCAGGUGAACCUACAGGUCCACCCUUCCUAACCCCAGACCAGCCCCCAGCUCCCAGGACAGUAGCAGGGAGCCGUGGGGGGUCUGCAGCCUGGGAUGCUGUGGCUGUUGGGCCCCGACUCCCCCAGCCUCGUAUCCUCAAGCACCUGCCUCCUCCUAUAUCCUCUGUCUCAGCAGAGCCUGAGCCUGGAAGCUGCUAUGCAGUGACUCUCCCUGAGGCCUAUGAGUUCUUCUUCUGUGACACCAUUGAGGAGGAAGAUGAAGAUGUAGAGGAUGAGGCAGCAGCCAGCCAAGCCCUGGAUGAAGUCCAGUGGCCUGACACAUGCGAGUUCUUUUUUAGGGACAGCAGAGCCCAAAGGUCAAGUUGUCAGAGGGGACACUCCACAGUCCCACCCUCAAAAGCAGAGGCUGUGGCACCUGUUCCCCCUGGAGAUUUAGUGCCUAUCUCCAUCCCUGAGGUCUAUGAACACUUCUUUACUGAGGAAGGAUUUGGGAACAGACAGCCACAAGCCACCCAUAUCCAACUGCAAACCUCGGAGCUCUUCAGGGAAGUAGGGCCUGAGGCAUACUCCAAGCCUGUUCCAGCUACAGCAGAACAUCUUAGCUUGACAAUCAGAGAGGCAGAGGAGCUACGGAGUCCCCUUACUUCAUUUACAUUCAGCCAGAAUGACAUGUGCCUGGUGUUUGUUGCCUUUGCCACUUGGGCUGUGAGAACCUCUGAUCUACAUGCCCCAGAUGCUUGGAAAACAGUCUUGCUGGCCAACAUUGGCACCAUCUCUGCUAUCCGCUACUUCCGCCGUCAGGUUGGAAGAGGGCGUAAUGGCAGACCAAGACCAAGUUCCAACUCAAGCCCAAGCUGCUAGGAGCCAGGCUGGCCUGGUGAGGCAUGGAGCACGGGGAUGAACCCAGGUGACAAGGACAAGAUCUUGCUCUUCUCUCCACCUUUUGAUCCCUGACUUCUGAGGCAUCUAGGAAGGAGCCAGUAUCUGUGGGUGCUGACUUACUUGGACUCAACCUAAGGGUCCAGCCAGUGGCUAAGACCAAGGCCAUUUUCCAUACCUGAGAGGGUAGAGAUUCAGGAUUGUGGGUGAGUGGGCCCUGAGCCAGGAGCUAGGUAAUAGGGCAUCAGAUUUGCAAGUAAAAACCACAGGGCACAUAGCUAUAUUUGAAUUUACAUGAAGUACUUGAGAUGUACUUGUAUGAAGAAAUUAUUUGUUGUUAUCUGAAAUCCAACUUAAUUGGGCACCCUGCCUUUUGUCUAGUCAUAAAUAAAGGAUGAGCAGCAGAAGAGGACUCUACAGUAAGUGUAAAAGCAAAAAGGCCCCUCUGGGUCUGGGCCAAGGGACUACUAAGUGCCUUCAAAGCUAGAGGGAGGCAGUUCAAGAACUCUGCUCUACUGAAAGGCAGGCUUGUCUGUCAAGGGCCUCCAAGGCCCUGAUCCCUAAGGCACCACAGCCACAGCUUGCCUAGGCCUGGGCUGAGUCAAUGGAUAGG